AUGGAUACUGAGAAGAUUACUAAAUAUAUCGAGGAGAACAUUUCCGGUGAUGCCAUGGGAGCCAUCAGUCUGUUCAUUGCUGUUGCUACUAUGUUCAUUUGGAAUUAUGUUAGUAGAAAGGCCGACGACAACUUAGGCAAGAAGAAACCACUAACUAUGGACGAGAAACCUGUCGCAUUAAACCCAACUGAACAAUUGGAAAAUAUCUAUCUAAGAUAUGAAAAUGAAUUCAAGAAUCGUAUUGCUAAGAUCAUGGAGCUUUAUAGCCCAGAUGAUGACAAAGAUAUUUAUGAACGUAAUUACUGUAACGAAAUGCUGUUGAAGCUACUGAUUGAAUUGGAUGGUGUUGAUCUGUUGAACUUGGAAGGCGAAAAAAGAAAACAAUUGAGACAAAGAAGAAAGGAUAUUAUUAAAAUUAUUCAAAAUGAGCUGGUCAACCUAGAUUCUUUGAAAUAA